AUGGCAUCCAUUCUGAAGAGUGAGGCCGCCUUCAGGGCGAAAGCUGAGGAGUGCGGCUUGUCACAGGAGGUGAUCGCUGAGUUUUUCGCAGCUGGAAUAAAGACGAUUUCUCUGAUGGGGUUUGCAGUGACGGCUCCGGGCACUCAGCCGAGUGAGGACGAGCUCAGAAAGCUUGUGGAUCGUUCCGACCCGGGUGCAGUUCCUGUAGGUGCGCUAUCAGCGGUCAGACGAUUGAUGUUCGAGUGUCAGACGCUGUGCAUUGCUCACGUGAAAGCUUCUGUCGAUGGAGAUGAGAGAAAGUGCGAGUUGGUGCCAGCAGAACGGACAGCCAGGAUUGCUGCGCAGAAGAAUAGGCUGCAAGGGCUCUCUCUGACAGGUCCCUUGGAGUGUUCCUUCGCAAGCUAUGGUUAUGUGGCCAGCAUGGUGGAACAAGACACUCCUUUGUACCUGGAGCCUCAUCGCUUUGACACCAGGGCUGCAGAGGUCUCGCGAGAGAAGCCAGGGAAAGAGAUCGUGCUCGAUGCAAACAAGAUUGCAGUUAGGGACCAGUCUCAAAAGCACAAGUGCGCCAUUCAGGAUCCCCUCAGUCUGUCGCAGGCCCUGCAGAGACGUUCUUUGGCUUGUGAUCUGAUGUCGGUGUGCACUUACAGCAAGAUGCAAUCGUGGCACGGUUUCCUGAUUGAACGGAUGCAGCAACCUGCACCUCCCGGCUUCCGCCGGCCUGGGAUUGAGCAGGUCUUGCGCGCUGACAGAGCGGCUUGGAUUCGCAUGGCGGAGUCUGUCCAUAGCUUGAAACGUGAUGCCUCAGGAGAACUCCCGCUGGACAAAGCUCUUGAUGGAUUGGUCUCUGAUCCCAUUGUUCUGUUCAACCUCCUUCCGUUGCCUUGUGAGCCUGCGCCAAAAGCCGAUGAGAAGCGAGCUGAUGAGCGACCCGACAAGGGUACUGGGCGAGGCCGUGGGGGGAAGGGGGAGAAAGGGGGCAGAGGAGAAAAGCGGAAGCUCGACAGCGACAAGAAUGCAAGGCCUGACGGGGCUUUGCCGCGUGAACUGCAGGGCAUCACUGGAUUGAACAUGACCACCGAGGCUGGACUGCAAGGAGUGACUGUCAACGGGGAGGGGCCCGGGCCAGUCGAGCUCCUCCCCUGUGUUGGCCGCGAGCAAGCGGCCCCGGAUGCCCCAACCUUAGAUAAUGCACGUCCUGUUGAAAUCAUGGACUCAGUUUUGCCUUUCGACGUGGAGCCUUCGACUUUUUCUGAUGCUUGGCCGAUGGCUGAAACCUUGGCUUCCAACAUUCUUGCUUCUCGUGACGUUCCCACCCGGGAUGACAUUGCUUCACUUUUCGACCUGCUGCCCCACAAAGCCCCGCCGCGGGGAAUGCCUGAGAAAGGAGCUGCUUUCACUUGUGGCGCGUUCGCUCAAGGCCCGCUGUUCGGGCUUCAUGUUGGCAGCCGGAAAUACCCCAAGGUUUGUAGACUCCUUGCUUCCUUUGUGCGCUCACUCGAACCGGGCUUCAUCUUCACAACAAUCAGCCUCUUCUUGAACGUGCGAACGCAUGUGCAUGUUGAUUCACGCAACGAUCAUAGGCCAAACCUUGUUGCAGGCAUCUCUGAUUUCACUGGAGGUGAAAUCGUUGUCGAGAGUCCAGGUGGUGCGGCCAGCUUCUCAGGUGGUGACUCCGUCGGCGGCGCUCGCAAGUUGCCAGUGUCGGGCACUCAUGUUACCUUUGAAGCGUACAAGUUGAAGCAUGAGACUGCGCCUUGGGUUGGAAACCGAUUGGUCUUGGUGGCGUUCUCCGUGCCUGGUGUGACGCGUCUUUGCAAAGGAGAUGUUGCCGUUCUGGAAGACCAAGGUUUUCAGCUGCCUGAGCAUGAUGAGACGUCGACCAACCGGCCUCCUACCUUGCUGGUUGUUGCUUGGUGUCACGAGCAAGGCAUGCUGGUCAGUGUGGAAAACGCCGCGUCCAGCCCGGUGUGGUCUGGACCCGUGUUGAAGGCUUGCCAGAGCCUAGGUUUCCAUAAAACCACUCUGCACCAGUGCAUGUUCGGAAGUUCACAUCGCAAGCAUUCUGUUCUUUAUCACAAUUUUCCACAGGUCCGCCGACUAUGCCUUUUAUGUGACGACCAACACUCCCAUGCGCCUUGGGAUCACUGCCCUGACGGCCCUGUCUCGGCAUACCCGAGUGGCUUGUGCAAAGGUUUAGCGCUGUCCUUCGCAGAUUGCUUCGCUGCCUUUGGUUGUGUGCAACACGUGGUUCGGCUGUCUGCACGCUCAGCCGAACUAGACGACAUUACCCUCAGCCGUGCAGCUCAGGUCGCCUCCGGCAAGCAGCCGAAGGGCAAACGGAUCCCUCCACUGGUUCCGUCGAGACGAGGUGUUGUCACUUUGCGAGGUCCGGGUGUCAGCAUGCCUCCCACUGGUGUGCUGGACUCGUACUUUACUUUGCCUGCCGACCUCCAAUCCAACCCUGCCAUGCCCGGCCUGCCAGCUGGCAGCAAGUGCCUUCGCUCAGUUCUUCUUGGGGGUGGGUCUGAGCUCGUUCGAGAGAUGGUCUUUUCCGUUCCUAAGACACCUGAAGAAUUUGUGUUGCAGGCGUGCCAAGCCCGCCACCCGCGUCACAUGUUGUCCGGCAUCCCACCAGAACUGCAUUCGACUGUGCAGACUUGUGCGUCGCAAAGCUAUGCGUCCGUCGCUCGUCGUCGCACAGAGGUGCUUCGAAAGUGGACCCUCCGGGCGCAAGAGUUGCAAGGAUCCCCUGACCCAGACCCGCCUGUAGGGCAUUGUGCUCAAAUCCUUCAAGGCAAGGACCUUCGCCUCUUCGACGAGAUGCUCAACGCUGCGGGUCACAAGGACGGCGACCUUGCCGCUCAUGUACGCCGUGGUUUUGAUUUGAUGGGGCCCUUGCCCGUGUCCAAUGUCAUGCCACGCAAGAACACCUUCGCCACUCUCACCCCUGCCGAGGUCCGUGAGUCUUCCGCUGAAGUUGGCAAGGCCAUCUGGAACUCCUGCAAGGCUACUCCCGUUGAUGAAAUUGCCCAUGAGGUUCAUCGCUUGACCCUUGAGGAGGCCCAAAAGGGAUGGUUGCAAGGUCCACUGCAGGAGCCUCCCCCAGCUGGCUCCGUCCUGACCCGACGUUUCGGGGUCAAGCAGACCAGCACUAAGGCUGAUGGCACGGUGGUCGAUCGAGUCCGUCCCAUCGACGACUAUACAGAAAGUCAGGUGAACCUGACCAACUCUAGUGAAGAGAGCAUCGACCCGCACAGCAUCGACGUCAUCGCUUCCGGCAUUUGUGCCCGCAUCCUCGCUCGUCCUGCUGCCUCGAGCCCUGAGGACUUGUUUGCUCGAACAAUAGACCUUAGGAAGGCUUACAAACAACUUCCCAUUUCUGCCGCUUCACUCCCUGAUGCUUACCUCUGCGUAUAUGACCCCGUUCGCAAGGCUCCUGCAGUUUAUCGCACUCUCGUGUUGCCCUUCGGGGCCAGAGCCGCGGUACAAGGCUUUUGCCGAUGUUCCUAUGCGAUCUGGCUCAUAGGAGUUGUGCUUUUUCUCAUGCACUGGACCUGCUUCUUUGACGAUUUCUUCCUUGUGUCGGGCCGCGACGAAUCGGAGCACCUUCAUUGGGUGCAGCACUCUCUGUUUACCCUCCUUGGUUGGGAAACCUCGUCAGACAAGGAUGCAGGUUUCAGUUGCCUGGCUCGGGUUCUAGGCGUGGUAGUCUCCUUUAGUGACAUAAAGGCUGGUCUUCUGUCGGUAAGCAACACCGAACAUCGCAAGAAGGACGUUGCCGCACUGAUCGACAAGAUGGUCAACACAGGAUUGGCCAGCGCGCAUGAAGUGGCCGUGCUGCGUGGUCGUUUGAUGUUCGCCGACAAUCAAGUCUUUGGUCGGCGGUCUAAGCAGUGUUUCCUCACUCUCACUCGUGCCAGUGCUCGAAAGAAACAGGUUGCUGUGAAAGGCGAUCUCCUUCAUGCUUUGCUGUUUCUUCGUGACAGAGUCCUCCUGGGAGAGCCUCGACGCAUAGAGGCGAAAGUAAGGAAGAAGCUGUGCAUUUUCACAGAUGCCUCUCACGAGGCCGAAGGAGGCGGACUCGGAGGCAUCAUGUACGAUUCUGCUGGUCAGAUCUUGGAGUGGUUCUCUGAGUGGUUGUCAGGCGAGGACCUUGUUCCGUUCGGAAGCCAAGACAAGGAAGGAAUCAUAUACGAGUUGGAGCUUUUUGCCGCCAUUCGUGGUGCUGAACACCUUCUCAGGAAUACUCGGCACCACGAUGUGGUUCUCUUCUGCGACAAUGAAGCUGCUCUUGCGUGCCUAAUCGGCGGGCGCGCCGAUGGUGAAGUGGCUGCUGCACUUCUUUCCAAGCUCAUAGAACUGGAAGAGUCCCAUGACAUAUGCUUCUGGUUCGAAUGGGUUGCCAGUCAGUGCAACCCCGCCGAUGCUCCUUCCAGGAGAGACGUGCGCAACCUCCCAAGUGCAGCCAGAACUCGACUCCGCUCACUCAAGCCUUGA